AGGGAGGAAGACAGGACCAUGUCGAAGGGCCCCGGGCCCGGCGGCUCCGCGGCUUCCUCGGCGCCCCCGGCCGCCACCGCCCAGGUGCUGCAGGCGCAGCCCGAGAAACCGCAGCACUACACGUACCUAAAGGAAUUUCGCACAGAACAGUGUCCACUCUUUGUGCAACACAAAUGUACCCAGCACCGGCCCUACACCUGCUUCCACUGGCACUUUGUUAACCAGCGUCGCCGUAGGUCCAUCCGCCGCCGAGAUGGCACCUUCAACUAUAGCCCUGACAUCUAUUGCACCAAAUAUGAUGAAACCACAGGCCUCUGCCCAGAGGGAGAUGAGUGCCCAUUCCUACACAGAACCACAGGAGACACUGAGCGACGGUACCACCUACGCUACUACAAAACUGGAAUCUGCAUCCAUGAGACUGAUUCUAAAGGAAAUUGCACCAAAAACGGCCUGCAUUGCGCCUUUGCUCAUGGGCCCCAUGACCUCCGCUCUCCUGUUUAUGACAUCAGGGAGCUCCAGGCCAUGGAGGCCUUGCAGAACGGUCAGACCGCAUCGGAGGGGAGUAUCGAGGGUCAGUCGGCUGUGGCCGCAAGCCAUGCCAUGAUAGAGAAAAUCCUCACCGAGGAGCCGCGGUGGCAAGACACAACCUAUGUCUUAGGGAAUUACAAGACUGAGCAGUGCAAGAAGCCUCCUCGGCUCUGUCGCCAGGGAUACGCCUGCCCGUACUACCAUAACAGCAAAGACAGACGGCGGAGCCCCAGGAAACAUAAAUACAGGUCCUCCCCUUGUCCAAGUGUGAAACAUGGAGAUGAGUGGGGUGACCCCGGUAAAUGUGAAAAUGGAGAUGCCUGCCAGUAUUGUCACACUCGAACGGAGCAGCAAUUUCAUCCAGAGAUCUACAAGUCCACCAAGUGUAACGACAUGCAGCAGUCAGGCAGCUGUCCCCGAGGUCCUUUCUGCGCCUUCGCCCAUGUUGAACAGCCUCCCCUUGGUGAUGACUUUCAGUCUUCUUCAGCUGUACCCAGUCCCACACAGACUGGCACCGUGAUGUACAUGCCAUCAGCAGCAGGGGACUCGGUGCCUGUGAGCCCCUCCAGCCCUCAUGCCCCAGACCUUAGUAAUAUUCUUUGUAGGAACAGCAGUCUGGGUAGUCCAUCUAACCUCUGUGGCUCUCCCCCGGGCACUAUCCGGAAGCCACAGAACCUAGAAGGUAUUAGCUUCCCUGGGGAAACAAAUCCAGCACCUGGGAGCUACAAGAAGGCACCUGGCUUUGAGAGGGAGGACCAAGUUGGAGCCGAAUAUCUGAAAAGUUUCAAAUGCCAGGCCAAAAUAAAGCCUCACUCUUUGGAACAUAGGAGCCAGGAGCAGCCUCUGCUGCAGCCUAAACAGGACAUACUGGGCAUCCUCCCAGUGGGCAGCCCCCUGACCUCCAGCAUCUCUUCUAGUAUCACUUCCAGCUUGGCAGCUACCCCCCCAAGUCCCGCAGGCCCCAGCAGCGUCCCUGGCAUGAAUGCAAAUGCCUUGCCCUUCUACCCUACUAGUGACACAGUGGAAUCGGUCAUAGAAUCUGCCCUUGAUGACCUGGACCUGAAUGAGUUUGGAGUAGCUGCCCUGGAAAAGUCAUUCGACAACAGCACAGUGCCUCACCCAGGUGGCAUCAUGAUUGGUGGCAGUUUGUUACAGAGCUCUGCCCCUGUGAACAUCCCUGGUUCCCUAGGCAGCUCGGCUUCCUUUCAUUCUGCCUCUCCGUCACCUCCGGUCAGCCUUUCCUCACACUUCCUCCAGCAGCCCCAGGGCCACCUGAGCCAAUCAGAAAACACUUUCCUGGGGACGUCAGCCUCACAUGGAUCAUUAGGUUUAAAUGGAAUGAACAGCAGUAUCUGGGAGCACUUCGCCUCUGGGAAUUUCUCCCCAGGCACAUCGCCAGCAUUUUUGUCAGGACCAGGGGCUGCUGAGCUGGCCAGACUCCGACAAGAGCUGGAUGAGGCCAAUGGCACCAUCAAGCAGUGGGAGGAAUCAUGGAAGCAGGCCAAGCAGGCCUGUGAUGCAUGGAAGAAAGAGGCAGAAGAGGCCAGUGAGCGGGCUAGUGCUGCUGGCAUGGAGUGUGAGCUGGCCCGGGAGCAGCGAGAUGCCCUAGAGAUGCAGGUGAAGAAACUUCAGGAAGAGCUGGAACGACUUCACACUGGGCAGGACCCCCAGACCCUUUGCUCCUUCUCCGACCUAGAGGCUCUCUCCCUCUCCACCUUGUAUUCUCUCCAGAAGCAGCUCAGGGCCAACCUGGAGAGAGUAGAAAAGGUGGUGUUCCAGAUGCAGUCACCUGCAAAGUGUCUCAAGUGUCAAGAGCAGCAUCGGGUGGUGCUCCAGUGCCAACACACCGUGCUGUGCGAGUUGUGUGCAGAGGACAGCGAGUGCCCCGUCUGCAACCCGAGCUGUGCCCGCCCCCCCCUCCAGUCGUGACCCACCAGGCCGUAU